AUGCGAAAAUAAGCGAUGACUAUCUUUGUACUCCUGGCUACAAUUUGGUUAGAAAUGAUCGAGCUCAGGAGAAGAGAGGAGGAGGGCAGUAACACAUCUCAGCAGGUGUGGUUGAAUAUUAUUAUGACUAAAUUGUCUCUGGUUGUUGGGGUGGUAUAUAAAUCGCCUGAAGUGAACGGUAAGAUAUUCUGUGAUGAAUUUGAGGAGACUUGUUCUGAGUUUUUACUCAAGGUUGACUUCUUCAUUUGUUUAGGGGACCUAAAUAUUAAUAUUUUAGAUACAGCGUCGCAUAAAACACGUUAUUAUUUGAACAUGUUAGAAUGUGUAGGUUUGGUUCAAAUUAUUAAUGAAGCAACUCGAUCUGACACGGCACUCUUAGACCACAUAUUGGUAUCCGACAUUAAUCGUAUACGAGAAUCUGGCAUUGGUGGCACAUUAUUCGCUGAUCAUGAAACCAUCUUCUGUGAAAUCGAACACGAUAAAACUGAACCAUAUAAUUUCUACAAAACGACAUUCAAAGAGUGGCAUGGCAAAGGAUAUUCUACUUGAGGGACGUAGACUCAAAAAUAAAUUAUCUUAAUAAUCAUAUACUAAAUAUAAUAAACAAACACGCACCCUUAAAAAUAGUUUCAGGAAAAACCAAACCCCAGGCUCCGUGGUUAUCUGAUAACACGAAAUACUUAAUGCGUCUAAGGGACAAAGCUUACUGUAAAUUCAA